AUGGCUGUUGAUGCCGCUGUUAAGCUUGAGCGGCCUCUUCUGAUUAAGGGCGAACCCGGCACCGGGAAAACCAUGUUAGCGGAGCAGGUUGCAGAGUCGCUGAAAAUGCCCCUCAUAGAAUGGCAUAUCAAGUCGUCGACCAAGGCGAUCAACGGCCUCUACGAAUACGACGCGGUGUCACGCCUGCGCGACUCACAGCUGGGUGACGAGCGUGUUAAAGACAUCCGUAACUACAUCAAGAAAGGUAAAUUGUGGGAAGCGUUUGAAGCGGAAGAACGUGUCGUCCUUCUGAUUGACGAAAUCGACAAGGCUGAUAUCGAAUUCCCGAACGACCUGCUGCAGGAAAUUGAUCGUAUGGAAUUUUUUGUCUACGAAUUAGGUGAGACAAUCAAAGCCAAGCAGCGACCCAUCGUCAUCAUUACCUCGAACAAUGAGAAAGAGCUGCCAGAUGCGUUUUUACGUCGCUGCUUUUUCCACUAUAUCAACUUCCCCGAUCGCGAAACCAUGCAGCAGAUUGUUGAUGUGCACUUUCCUGCGCUGAAAGGCGAUCUGGUGAAAGAAGCCAUGGAGAUCUUCUUCGAUGUGCGCAAAGUGCCGGGACUGAAGAAAAAACCUUCAACCUCCGAACUUAUCGACUGGCUGAAGUUGCUCAUGGCUGACGAUAUUCCUGAUGAAAUUCUGACCAACCGCGAUGCCAGCAAGGCGAUUCCACCUUUAUACGGCGCGCUGGUUAAAAACGAACAGGAUGUUCAUCUCCUGGAACGUCUGGCAUUCAUGAAGUACAAAGUUCCGGUCACCAUCCGCGAACUGUUGGACUUGUUGAAUGGUCUGAAACAUCAGUUGGUGUAUGCCAACGUUGACGACUUUUAUCUGCUUAGUCGCACCGCAUUAGUCAAAGACGAGAAGAACUACGACAAGUUUGACCGAGCCUUCAGCGCCUAUUUCAAGGGCUUGGAAGAUCUGCAUGGAUUGCUUGAGUCGCUGAUUCCAGACGAAUGGCUGCGACGCGAAUUCGAACAGUCUUUAACCAAGGAAGAGCUUGAGCAGAUUGAGUCGCUCGGUGGCCUGGAGAAAUUGAUCGAGGCUUUCAAAGAAGCUAAGGAAGCCGCGGAGAAGGAAGCUCAACAAGGCAAAGACGGCGAAGAAGGUGAAGAGGGUGAUGCCGACAAAGAGGGUAAGAACGGCCCUGGUGGCAAAGGCAGAGGCAAAAAGAAGAAAGCUAAGAAAGUCUGGGACGAUCGCCAGUACAAAAAUCUGGAUGACUCCGUAGAACUGGGCACACGUAACAUCAAAAUGGCUUUACGGCGGUUGCGAAAAUUUGCCCGCUCAGGCACCGACGAAGAACUGGACAUGUCCGGCACCAUUAAAUCUACCGCUCAUAACGGUGGCAUGUUGGACAUCAAGAUGCAGCCGUUGCGUAAGAACACAGUAAAAGUACUGCUGUUUCUGGAUAUCGGCGGUUCAAUGGAUGCCCACGUUAAAAUCUGUGAAGAACUUUUUUCGGCAACGAGAACUGAGUUCAAGCACAUCGAAAGUUUCUACUUUCAUAAUUUUAUUUAUGAAUCGGUAUGGAAAGAUAACCGUCGUCGCAUGAGUGAGCGCAUUCCCACAUGGGAAGUGCUUAACAAGUAUUCGCACGACUACAAGGUGGUUUUUGUAGGUGACGCCACUAUGGCCCCGUAUGAAAUUACCCAUGCAGGCGGUAGCGUUGAGCAUUGGAAUGAAGAACCUGGCGCCGCAUGGAUGGAGCGCCUGGGCAACAUCUAUGACAAGCUCAUCUGGUUGAAUCCUACACCACAGGAAACCUGGGAGUACUCCUCCUCUGUGACCAUGACCCAGAACCUGGUCGACGGAAAAAUGUUCCCUUUGACGGUUCGUGGGCUCGAAGAGGGUAUGAGCGAACUGUCUAAGUAG